GCUGGAGGGGAGGAGAAGGAGGAGAAGAAGCGGCGAGGGGGGCGGGCAACAGACUUGCCAGCAGCUGCUGCUGGUUUCACAAUGGGGCGGCCCCUGUUGGCCAGGGGCAGAGAAGCAGCUCAGAGCGAAAGGCGACUCGCCGUCGGACGCUACGUUGUAUCCCUGAUCCGGAUGGUGGGAUCGCCUCGUACGCGGACAGGGCGCCUGCCUCCCUCCCCCUUCGGCUGAUGCUGUAGUCUCCUGAAAAACCUGUUUGCUGCGUGGUGGGCAUCCUUGGCGCCCACCAUAGGCGGCAGGAGCAGGGCCCAGCUGUAGAAGAUGUCCAUAAGUUAUCCCAAAUGUCUGGUGUUGUGCCUUGGCCUUGUGGUGGUGCUGCUGGUUCCCUAUCUGCUGUUCGUCUUCCCCCAGUUACGGGCUCUACAGCCUUACCCCAGCAGGCAGCCGAGUGGGACCCCUAAAGCGCCGAAGACCCCUAAAGCACCAAAGACCCCCAGGCCUGGCCAGCCGACAGAGCCUGCCUACAUCGGCGAUAAAUAUGCUGUAGACCACGUGCCUUUUCAGUCGUGCCAGGAUAGCAUCCGGCAGAAGGUGAAGCUCACAGACUUUAGGAAGACGUUCCUGGACCAGAUUCCGGUUCUCCAGUGGCACAAACAUGCCACACCACAGGAGUAUGAGCGGCUCCGCCAGUACCCUGGGGCCCAUGGCUGGGGAAGCGUUGACUACAACACUGUCUCGGAGACGCUGUCCCUCCUCAACAUAUCGGCCAGCCGACUCAUGUUCGAUGACUGGGAGACCCGGGCCAACGGCUCCUCCUGUAUUCGCUGUGCCGUGGUGGGGAACGGUGGCAUCCUGCAGGGGUCCAAGAUGGGCCGCGAGAUCGACCAGCACGACUACGUCUUACGAACCAACGGCGCCGUGAUCCAGGGCUUCGAGGAGGACGUGGGCUCACGCACCUCCCUGUACAUCUUCUCCACCAAUACCUUGAGGAACUCGAUACGUGCAUAUGCCAAGCAAGGCUUCCUGGGUCCGCCCCAGUCCAAGGAGACCAGGUAUGUGUUCCUGCCUGACCAUGACCGGGACUACCUCCUCCUGAAGGCCGCGGUGACGCACAGACCCGUCACCCGAGGGCCGGAGCGCAGCAAUGCGCCGCCAAAAUACUUUGGGCAUAAUGUCACGGUGAAGAACUUCAAGAUCUAUCACCCCGACUUUAUCCGGUACCUCAGAAACAGGUUCCUGCGUUCCUCAACCAUGAAGACUAAGUACAAGAACAUCUAUCGGCCGUCCACCGGCGCCGUCAUGCUUCUGGCUGCGGUGCACACCUGUGACCAGGUGGACGCCUACGGCUUCAUGACGCCAGACUAUGCCAAGUAUUCUGACCACUACUACGACAAGGUGUACCGGCGUGUCGCCUUCUACAUCAACCACGACAUGCGCAUGGAGAUGCAGCUGUGGCAGCAGCUAAGCAAGGCUGGCCUCAUGCGCCUCUACAUGCGCUCCUGAGCCCCCCCCCCGGGGGCCAUGGCACCACAUCCUGCCUGUCUGCCGCUUCCAGACCUGUUGGAUGUUUGCAGGAAACACACAGUUGUCAGUGUUUGGUGAGAGAGAGGGAAAACGUUCCACUUCCUUAUAUACACACGAUAUAUUUAUUUAAUUUCUCAGUUUGUAUUGAAGCUGCUUUUGAAAUGAAUCCGAUUCUGUUUGUUCUUCAUUCCCUGUGAUUACGCCGACCGUCCUGGUCUCGGCUUAUUGUGCUCCGCGAAAGUCAUGGUCUGCAAUUCCGCCAUGUGAACUUCCUCUGAUUUAUGUCUGCAAAAUAUUGAAGGAAAUGUCUGUGUGACUUAUCUGCCAUCGGACCGCUGCACCGUCCUGCCACUCUCGAAGGUCCCGGCAGAUGUGUAAAAUGUAUGUAUGCUGGCACAUUCUAUGUAAAUAUGAUUUUUAAAUUAUUUUCGUUUAAUGAUCCAUGUGUAAACUGACAGAAAACACACACAAGUGCCUGUUAAAUUUUCUCUUGCGAUGUUCCUGUUUCUUACGGAACUGCUGAUGUGAAUGUACCACGAGGACCGUGUACCGACGGCUGCGUGCUGCGUCAUGUGAUCUUUGGCUUCAGUUCAACAGCUAAUGGCGAAUCCAGUUACGAGAUUUGUUUAACAGAUUAAUGCACAAAAUCUAAAUGCAUUUCUAAUUAACUGGUGUUUUGGAUCCGAUUGCGUUUCAGGGGUUGUUUUUAAUAAAAGUUUGUUGUUUUUAAUAA